GGAGCCGGACCGGCCCCACAGCCAACCCCACAGCCGGCCCCGGACCGGCCCCACAGCCGGCCUCGAGGCGGUGGUGGACCAGUCCCACACCCAAUCCCACAGCCGGCCCCGAGGCAGAUCCGGCCUUGCCCGGUCUCACCCCAUAUCCCGCUCCGGAGCAGACCCGGCUCAGCCAGUCCCACACCCGACCCCAGGCCCAGCGCCGCCAUGGAGUUCGAGGAGGACUUGGAUACAUUGGAUCCAGAGAGGUUGAUCCAGUGUCCGUUGGUUAAACACCAUCGGAUCAGAGCACGGCGGUUUCCCUAUCACCUGGUGAAGUGUAAGGAGAGCAACCCUGAAAUUGCAAAGAAAUUGGCCACGUGCCCCUUCAACGCUCGUCACCUGGUUCCUCAGGCUGACCUCAGUGACCACAUCACAAAGUGCAACGACAAAGCCUUCAUGGAGCAAGAUGUGGUGAGCCAGUCCUGUGAGCCCCCAAAGGAGCAGUUGAAUAAUGGGAGCACAUGGCAGGCACCUCCAUGUGAUGAAGACUGGGAAACAGAGCUGCUGGAGGGAUCUGAGUCUCCUUUUGUGUGGGGUGUGAUCAACUCUGCCAUAAACAGCACCAUCAGUCACCGGAACGACUCCCUGCCCUCAGAGAUGCGGCUCCCCGGGACCUUCCCGUACACCGUGUCUGCAGGACCAAUUCGGAGUAUUAGUUCCUCCCCCUGGAACUUGGUUUUGCCCCAGCAGUAAGUGUCUCCCUGUUUUGGACAGGAGAGCUCCUGCAGAUGACAGACACGCUCUGGACCUGAUGGGAGGACUCCUUUACACUUGGCUUUUGUUGCAUUAUGUGUUUCUUGCAACAUUUGAAUAUGUGGAACUGUCCUUGGUUGCCAGAUGUUUCCCCCAAGCAGUUGUUUUAGAAGUUACCCUCACCUUUACUUGGUGAAUUUUGUUACUGUUCUUGAAAAAAUAGACUGAUAAAUUUACAGACUCAGAAACCUUCCCUGCCCAGCCCUGGAUCCUGAUAACUCCCCGUGAACAGGAAAAACACAGGAAUUGGCAAGACUCUGUUGUUUAACUUGUCAAAUGGCAGGUGAUGAAUUGUGAGGCUGUUCUGUGUGCUCCAGAGACUGGGAAACAGCAAGAGACCCUUCAGAAGGCUUUUAAGGAGUGGGGACUGAGGGAGUGAUUUUAAGCAGGGGAAGCAGGGUCUGGUUAGGUUUCUAAUUAGAGAGGAGACAGUGGGAAACAGAACAGUUUGGGGGGCUGAAAAUACCCCCCAGAAUCUUGUCCCUUCACUUGAUGCUUUAAAACAAGUGUGUGCAUGUGGAGGUGCCCCUUGGGAGCUGGGUGCUCAUGGUCAGUGCUAACUGUGAACAGCAGAUGCAGGAAUGGGAGGGGGAAUGUCCUGCAGGAAUGGCAGAUUUGGGAGAGUUCAGGCCUGGCAUAGCAGAAAUUGUUACAGUCCCAUUUCAGUAGAAGUCAGGAACCACCCAACAGUUACUUCCAGGAAUUUCUACCAUAUGCCUUAAGCAUCUUGUUGUUCUCAGGAAGCCUGGAGGGAUUAUGGAACUUCUGCUGGACAUUUGGGAGAAGUUUUGGCUAUUUGCUGGGGAGCUGCUGCAAACUCCCUGCCACUGAGGCUUCAGGAGUUGUGUUUGAGGGCCUGUUACAGCCUGGAGAGCACAAAGUGCUGAGUUUCUCCAGGCUGUCAAGAGGCUGAGAUUAAAAUCAUCUAGAGCAGCCAAACUUAAAAGUAUUUUUUCUGUGCAUGCACUUUUUGUUUCUAUCUUGUUGGAGUCUGACUGGACUCUGUCCACUCAGAGUGUGGAGAAUGUUCAGGUUGGGUUUUAAACUGUGUUGUCAUUUACAGAGACUGUUUUGAGAGCAUUCUGACCUUAACUUUUGCAGCUUCACACCUUCAGCCUUGCCUUUGUCACCUUAGGCCUUACCUUUGCCUCCUGUGUGUGAGGGGCUUCCCCAGGCAGACCUUAACAGAGAAUCCUCUGCAUUCACAACUCCAAACAGGGGAAGUUUCAGGAGGACACUGAAGUGCUCGUCUAGUUUCCAUUAGAGUUUUGCAGUUUUCUAAUGCUUAAAACAUGUUUGAGAGCUCUCAGGUACCUGUUCUGUAUUGGGGGAGGGGAGGAAGGGAGUAGGAAUGGUUUAAAUCAGUAAAAAUAUGUGUUUAGGCCUGAAAAUGUUAAGAUCAAGCAGUAAAUUUCUAAACAUACCAAGUACAAAAUGGGAUCCAAAUACACAACCAUAAACAAUUAAGAAGCCAGACAUGGUGUUUGUCUAGAAAGAGAUUAAUGCCUUCAUAUUGUCCUCUAAAAACUGGAUUCCCACCAUCUGUAUACUACCACUAGAAAGUAAUACAUGUUGACUGGAAUGUGCAAAAUUAGGAUUCUUUUAAAAUUCUGUCAAUUUAUGUCAAGGUUCUUGUUGGCAGUUUAGAAUAAAAAUGUUGUAAAUGCCCUA